AUGUCUAGACAAUCUUCAAGACAGAAGACUGUCAUCAUUGGGGCUGGUCCUGUUGGAGCAUUAGCAGCUUUAUAUGCAGCUCAAAGAGGGGACGAUGUAGAAAUAUAUGAGCUCCGAAGUGAUCUACGGGAUCCUUCCACAACACCGUUAAAUUUCACAAAGUCUAUCAAUCUCGCUUUAUCAGAACGAGGUAUAAAUGCCAUUAGACAAUCUGGUCGUACGGAGCUCCUAGAUAGUAUCAUGAAAGAAGCGAUACCUAUGGGAGGUAGGAUGAUUCAUGGCGAGACAAAUGACAAGGAGCUUUACGAACAGUCCCAAGAUUAUGAUAUCCACGGAAGAUCAAUUUAUGCUGUGGAUAGAGGAGAUCUUAACAAAAGACUACUCGACGAACUUGAGUCUCUUCCUAAUGUCAAAUUCAAGUUCAAUCACAAAUUAACUGGAGCGGAUUUCAAGAAUAAAAAGGCAUGGUUCGAAGUUCAUGGUGGAAAAUCACUACAAUGGUCUGUCGAGAUCAGAGACCAAGAAGUAGAGGUUGAUUUCGACUUCCUCAUUGGAGCUGAUGGUGCUCACUCGGCUACACGUUACCACUUAAUGAAAUACCUCAGAAUGGAUUAUCAGCAAGAAUAUAUCGACACCUUGUGGUGUGAGUUCACGAUAGCCGCUCAGGAAAAAACUGGAGAUGAUCCGGUAUCCCGCUUCAAAAUAUCUCCAAACCAUUUACAUAUAUGGCCAGGCCAGGAUUUCAUGUUCAUUGCAAUUCCCAGCACGGAUGGCUCUUUCACAUGCACUCUCUUCAUGCCAUCGGGACCUUUCAAUGAACUCGAACUAGACCCUAAAAAUGUCCCCUCAUUUUUCGAUGAACACUUCCCAGGCGUCACAAAACUGAUUGAUCAUGCCUCACUAAUAUCAUCAUUCACGAAUAACCCCCACCUUCCACUCAUAAGUAUCAAAUGCAAACCAUACCAUUUUCAAGACUCGGUCAUCAUCCUCGGCGAUGCUGCUCACGCUAUGGUACCAUUUUACGGGCAAGGAAUGAACGCUGGUCUGGAAGACGUUCGCGUUCUGUACUCCAUUCUCGACAACGAAAAACGCAAUUUCCCUCGCCUUAGUACCGAAGCCUGUCGCUCAGUGGCUCUAAAUCUAUAUUCCGAAAUACGCAAAGCCGAUGCCCAUGCUAUCAAUGAUCUAGCUCUUCAUAAUUACAUAGAAAUGCGUGCUUCCGUCAUCUCACCAGUUUACAAAUUCCGCAAAUGGUUAGAAGAAACCUUGAGUGUACAUGUACCUCGUCUCGGGUGGCAAACAAAAUACGCCCGUGUUAGUUUUAGCAAUGAGAGAUAUUCCGAAAUCGUAAGACAGAGCGAGAAACAGGGGAAAUUAAUCUUGGCUUGA